AACCACUCCUCGACGCGCCCUCUUCCACGACCCCUACUGCGAGCCCUUGACAGUGCAAGGUGCUCAGGGCAUAGCCGCGACCACCGCUGGCAUCGACUGCGCCGGCGCGCAUGGACUGUUGGGUCGGACGCGGACAUACUUUUACAUAGAGGUGCUCUUGGACUGCCACAGGCACAGGGACGAGCGCGCAUCCUGUCGCAGCCUCUAGAAGAGCUGUGAGAUACUGGGUGAAGACUAAAACAGAGAGCCUGUCGAGCGGCUUUCACCAGCGAGGAGCGCAAUACCGCAAAAAGCGUGUCCGGAGCGCUCUCCUUACCGCCUUCUCGACACUCUCCUCACUUGCCGUGAACGCGCCACAGAAGCAUCAUGUUCUUCCUCUACGAGCUGGAGAAGACGAUCCAGCUGCACCCCUCCUUCUUCGGCCCUCUCAUCCGAUCGCACAUCCACAGGGAGCUGCUCGCAAAGGAAGAGGGCUCCAACACCGGCAAAUACACCAUAGUAUGCAUUCUGGACUCGUUCGAGGUCUCGGAAGGGCAAGUUGUUGCUGGAACCGGGCACGCCGAAUACACGGUGCACUACAAGGCCGUGGUCUGGAGACCAUUCCGGGGAGAGAUUAUUGAUGGUGUCGUGUCCUCAGUCAUCCGUUCUGGGUUCUUCGUUGAAUGCGGCUCUCUCCAAGCUUUCGUAGGAAGAAGUAUGAUUCCCUCCGAGAUCAAGUACGAUGCAAACGCUACGCCUCCCCAGUGGACUGACAACGCGGAGCAAAUAAUUGAAAAGGGGACGCAGAUCCGUAUCAAAAUCAAGGGUCUGCGGUCUGAGGUCGACAAGAUGUUUGCCAUCGGCACGAUGAAAGAGGACUAUCUCGGACCUCUGAUGAGCUGAACGGCCUGUUCGCCGAGUUUUGCGGGUCUCAACCGCUACCAGUUGCACCUGAAAUAAGGGCUAUAUGAAGGGA